AUGCUGUUUGGAUUCUUUUUCAUGCUGCUCUUCAAUGGCAGCGUCCCCACUGAGAGAGUGUGUGGUUAUACUGAGGUGUUGGACCACCUCAACUUGACGGCAGACAACAGCUUGUACUACAUGACACGACCUGUCAAAGACUACAGAAAGACAACAGUGGUUUCUUUGGAGGUGAUCCUUUACGCCAUUCUUGACGUGAGAGAGAUUGACCAGACCUUCAUUCCAUACGUCUGGAUUUUUACGAGUUGGCAGAAUGAUCACAUCAGCUGGCAUCCGGAGGACUUUUGUGGAAUUAAGAGUGUCCACCUUCCCACUGAAGUCUUAUGGAAGCCAGAUCUCACCAUCGAAGAGAUGAUUGAGAAGGACAAGGCCCCCCCGAGCCCACAUCUCACUAUCUCCAGCAGCGGCCGGGUCCAGGUCCAGAACGACCAGGUGCUGCUCAGUACCUGCACGAUGCACAUAUACCAGUUCCCCUUCGACCAUCAGAGCUGCAACCUUUCCUUCAAGUCUGUGGUCCACCCCGCCAAGGAGAUCCAGCUGCUUCACUCGCUCAGCUCGGCAGAAGCCACCAGGUGGUCCAGAGAGGUGAUGCACACGCAGUACGAGUGGCUCUUCAUGGACAUGACCGUCGCCAAUAAGACCGUUAGCGUGUUUGGCAUCGAGCAAGACAUGAUUGUUUAUACUAUCACCAUGAAGAGGAGACCGGUGCUCUACAUCAUCAACUUCCUGCUUCCAGUCCUCUUCUUCUUGGGUCUAGACAUGGCCUCCUUCCUGAUCUCGGACACCGGAGGUGAAAAGCUGAGCUUCAAGAUCACCGUCCUGCUGGCCGUCACAGUCAUGCAGCUCAUUCUCAACGAAAUCCUGCCGUGCUCCUCCAACAACAUUCCUCUCAUAGCUAUCUACUGCAUUGGAAUCUUUGCUCUGAUGCUGCUCAGCCUCCUGGAGACAAUCUUGGUGAUGCAUUUGAUGGAGAAAGAUAGAGACUGUGAGGAUAAGAAGGCCGGCAGACACCAGAGCUUGCAGGACAAUAAGAAACGGACACAUUGCGCAUGCAUAAGCAACACUGGUGCUGAUGAAAAUCAACCUGAACUGAUGAAGGGCGGUCGACAGACCGGAUCCAGGGCUGCAGAAAAGCUCUCAGAGGAGACAAGGGAGGUGAUAAAGGCGCUAACUCUGCUUCUCAGGAACAGGAAAGAAGAGGGCAAGAAGUCAGGCUACUGGACCAGAGUCACAGUUAAAAUUAACAGAAUCUUUUUCAUCUUCUAUAUUAUGGCUGUGUCUUUGUUUUUGGGUAUUUUAUGUUUUCUUUGGAAGAGCAUCCAAGCUGAAUAA